AACACGCUUCUGCUUAAUUUCCACUUCUCUAGGAUUGUUUCUUAAACACAACGGCAAAUAGAAACUAGGAAUUUGCAGCACUCAGGAGCCACACGGACCUUUGGCAACGUGCUUGAUCCAACAAACGGCAACAUUGGCAAUAUAAAGUGCUCUGAUUAUCAAGCUAUAGGAUAUUAAAUCAAAUAAACAAUUAAGACAUCCGCUGAUUUGAUUAGAGACCUGAAGUUCUAUUGUCCACGUGACAAACAAGGAUAAAGGAGAACGGCAAUGGGGAGUUGAGUGAGGAAUACUCCAGGAAAUCAUGCGGAAGACGGUGUCAGACAGAUAGCACACGCAAACCAGUUUCUGGUUCUAAAUCCGAGCAGCGGAGCUUUAGUGCGUAAGGUAAAGUGCCAUGCCAUUAUUUCGAUUAUUUGCCUAUCAAGACUCCUUCCCUCGGUGAUUUUCAGGACUAAUUAGGCAUGGAUCCCGCUACAGCGUCCGGUUGGUGUGAAAUGGAUCCACUCAGCAUCAACCAGAGCGUUUUGCCAGGUGUAGGCAACGAGAGUGCUGGAAAUAGGACAGAGUUACAGCUGCUACACUUCGUCUACUGGGGUUGGUGGCUGGAGGAAAUCGGAACCACCGCCAUUUUCAUCGUAGGACUUAUAGGGAAUACCCUUUCAUUCUUGGUAAUGCGUACAAAGCAGCUACGAAAACGAAGCUACAGUUUUUAUCUGUGUUCGUUGGCAAUUUUCGAUUCCCUGUCGCUGUUUUUUAAGUUUCUAAGGCGAAUUGACUCCAUGUGUUUCGUUUUAUUUGGCGCACACGGAAGCUUGUACAAACAUUUUACAGAUGGCGGCUGUAAAGUUUAUAAAUUCACCGAACACCUUUGCUUCCUGAUGUCGUCGUGGUUGAUAGUUUGUAUAACGAUUGAGAGGUUUGUUGCUGUGUACUUUCCAUUUAAACGCCUACUCUGCUGCCGUCCUCAACGAUUGGUCACAUGGGCAGUGACGUUAUCACUGAUCGUCAUUCUGAGUUACACCCAAGUUUUCCGUCUUAUAUUCGUACAAAAUACAGGUGAUCCCAAGGAGUAUUGUGGAGACGGGGAGAACUUUCUUCAGUUAAGCCAAACCCUACACACAUACUGGUAUCUUUUGGUUUUAGAAAACUGCUUACCAAUAGGAAUCAUAACCAUUUGUAAUAUUAUGAUUUUGCAUAAGAUAAAAAGAGUAGAAAAUUUGCUUCUGCAAGAGGGUGGAACGAGGCACUUGAUGAGAAUUUACACUAAAAAGCACAAAACGACUUUAAUGCUAGUCGGUAUAUCAUUUGCAUUUAUUAUAACGCACUUACCGCCGACCAUAGUCACCAUAUAUUUGUCCUGUUUAGACCCCAAAGAUCCACAUUCACCGUGUAUUUUUGCUAGCUUGAAAACAUACUACCCACCAAUUGAACUUGUUACUGAGAUCAAUUAUUGUAUUAACUUUUUCAUUUACGUGGCAACAGGAGAAGCAUUUCGCCAUCAAGUCAAAUUAAUGUUUGCAGCAUGUUUUCGGAGGUCUCGAUACAGAAGGGCUCACCACAGACCUCCAAAAGUACUGUACAGAACUAUCACUGGACCAGGACUUCGUCCGUCAAAAGGUCGCCGCAACGUUUUCUUAAGGUCAAGCACGCGCUCCACUUUAACUUCGCAGUCAUGGCAAUCGUCAUUUCGUUCAGGUGACAUGACUUCAUCAUCUUCGACAAAUUCUUCUUCGGCUUUGCGCCGCCUUAUCAAUGUAUGGCGGUCGAAGAGGCCGUUUGAUAUUCCGCACCGUGUCAACGGGAGGCCCAACGGGAGGCCCAACGGCAGACCGCGUUCAAUGAAGCUACGAAAAGCCCCGUUCCGGCGACGGCAAAUUACCAGAUCGGGAUCGGAGUCAACGCAGCAAGAUUCGUCAACUCAAGAAGAGGUUCUGAGUUCGCCUGCGAUAGUUACAACGACAUCAAAAUUAUUUUUUUCUGAGCCCGAAUGUCAAUCAACUGUGUAAGCAUCUGAAAAUAAUGCAAAAUUAGACCCGGAGAAUUUUUGUACUAUGAUGAUUUGGAUAAUCGUUGCAUUGAUCUAAGCUGUGUACUAAUUUUU